AUGAAAGUUACGUUAUUAACACGAAUAAAUACCAUCGAAUCACAUCGACUACUUCCAACGUUCGUCAAUGUACACACUGGUUGCGCUUGUACUCUACCUGUGAAGAAGUCUAGUGCAGCAAAGAAAAACUGGGUGCCUCCUACGGGUUUAAACUAUAAGGAAAAUGUAGAUGGUGCUGUGUUUUCUGCCCAAAAAACAGCUGGAGUAGGAGUUGUAAUCAGAGACAAUGAAUGUCAUUUUAUUGCUGGACUUAGCAAGAAGCUUAAUCUUCCUUUAGGGGCGAUUGAAACUGAGGCUACGACAGUUGAAGUUGGAAUUACAUUUGCUGGGGAGAUUGGGAUUCGGGAUUUUGUUUUGGAAGGUGACUCUCUUAUUAUGAUACAAGCUUUGUCUGAUUCUGCCCUAGCACCAUCUUCGGUGGCUUCUCUGGUUUAUGGUAUUGCAGUGGCUGCUUAUGAUUUUAGGAGUGUGAAAUUCUCCCAUGUCUGUCGCAAUGGAAAUAUUCUUGCUCAUUUGUUAGCUAAACAUGCUUUAGGCAUUGUUGAUUAUUGUGAUUGGAAUGAAAAAAGUUCUUGUUUUAUUGAACAAGCUCUUCUCCAUGAUGUAUCCAUGGCUUUUACUAAUUAA